CCAAACGGGAAGGGAAGGGGAGAGGAAGAAAGGGAUCGCCGGAGUUGAUACCUGCGAGAACUUUCAUACACCGACAUCUUCAAUCAAUCAAGAAAAGUCUGAAAACGAAAUCAUCGCAUAUUCAGAAACUUUUCGGUGAGAUUGCGAAUGGGCCUGGAGGCGGCGAACUGAUGUGACUGUUCUGGAUUUCAAUUCGUCGGCUUGCGGGGAUCGAAGCUAUGGCAACAUCUAAGAGAGUGAUUACUAGGGAAGAGUGGGAGAGGAAGCUCAAUGAUGUGAAGACUAGAAAAGAAGACAUGAAUAAAUUGGUGAUGAAUUUUCUCGUCACCGAAGGCUAUGUAGAAGCGGCUGAAAAAUUCCGUAUGGAAUCUGGAACCGAACCAGACAUAGAUAUUGCGACAAUUACGGAUCGCAUGGCUGUAAAGAAAGCAGUGCAAUGCGGAAAUGUGGAGGAUGCAAUUGAGAAAGUUAAUGAUCUUAACCCUGAGAUCUUGGAUACAAACCCACAAUUGUUUUUCCAUCUUCAACAGCAAAGGCUAAUUGAACUAAUUCGAAAUGGAAAGGUAGAAGAGGCUCUUGAGUUUGCUCAGGAAGAGUUAGCUCCAAGGGGAGAAGAAAAUCAAAGCUUUUUAGAAGAGUUGGAGAAGACUGUCGCGCUUCUUGCCUUUGAAGAUGUCUCAAACUGUCCUGUUGGCGAGCUUCUGGACAUAUCUCAGCGCCUGAAAACUGCGAGUGAAGUAAAUGCAGCCAUCCUAACUAGCCAGAGUCAUGAAAAAGACCCAAAGCUUCCAAGUUUGUUGAAGAUGCUGAUAUGGGCGCAGAAUCAGCUCGACGAGAAAGCUGCCUACCCGCGAAUAAACGAUUUGUCCACAGCCACGUUGGAAGACCCUGCAGUAUGAACUUUGAAGCUUGUGAUACGUUCUUUACAUUGGAGGGUUUAUAUUUGUCUGUGGUUUAAUUGAAUUGAAUCAGAAAUGAUGUAUAAUGUACCUUUAUUGUUAGAUGACUUUGUUUUAGUUUCUUUCCUCAUGAAUGUCAGAUACGUUUAUAUUCUUUAGCUUU